AUGAAGACUCUACUUAUCAUCUCUGGCAUUCUCUGUGCUCUUCUGUCCAUCAGGGCUGCAACAAAGGUGAAUAGUGACACUGCUGUUCCUCCUGGCAGUGCAGCUCUUCAACCUCAAGCUCGUUUUGGUUUCUGCCCUAAUGGCUGGCUUAGUUAUGGUGCUAGCUGCUACUACUUAUCCAAUACUCCUGAGAGCUGGGGAAAUGCUGAGAGGUUCUGUGCUGAUUUUCAGAGCAGUCUGGCCUCUGUCCACAGUAUCUGGGAGUAUAAUUUCCUCCAACGUAUGGUCCAGACUGGUGGUCACUCCUUUGCCUGGCUUGGAGGUUACUACUUUGAGCACGACUGGCGAUGGGAAGACGGCUCGUUGUUUGACUUCCACAAUGGCGAACUCAUAAGCAAUACUUACAGAUACCAGUGCCUGCAGCUUAACACUCAAGCAUCUACAGGCUGGUCCAAUCAUGGCUGCAACAUGCUCUUCCCAUUUGUAUGUCAGCGGAAGUUAAGCUGUUAG